AUGCGGAUAAAGUCACUGAACUCGCUGGUGGCGGCCAUCUUUGCCUUCCUUUCUGUAGCAUCGCCAACAUGCAUUCCUGGCAUCCCUGACCGGCCACAUAUCGUGCCCGCGCCGUUCAAUACCGGAAGGGACAUGCCCUGCUCGCCGCCCCGCGACGAGGGCAGGUACUGCUACGUCAAGGCGGGCUGCGGUCCCGAUCGCGAUGAUGCGCCCCGAAUCCUGCAAGCCAUCCAGAAAUGCAACGAUGGUGGCACGGUUGUGUUAGACAAGUCAUACCUAAUCAACUCAAGGCUCGACCUCACCUUCCUCAGGCACAUCGACAUGGUCAUCACGGGCGAAAUCCACUUCACCGACGAUGUUUACCACUGGGCCGAGGAGAGUUUCAAAUACGACUACCAGAACCAGUCCGUUUUUUGGAAGUUUGGCGGAGAGGACGUGAACAUCUACGGAGACUUGGGCAGCGACAAGUCGGUCAUGGACGGGCACGGCCAGCUUUUCUGGGAGGAGUGUUUUGUUAACAAGACCCUCCGCAGGCCAAUGCUCUUUGCUUUUGAUGGCAUGAAGGGGGCCACCAUGUCCAACUUGCGCAUGCGCGACUCACCGCAUUGGUUCAAUAUCAUUGCGAACAGCACCGACAUCCUCAUCAGCAACAUGGACAUCAAAGCAACCAGCAUUAACGAUGUCACGAUUGCAAAUGCCGACGGUUGGGAUAUCUACCGGUCCGAUCGUGUUGUGAUACAGGACUCGCACAUAAUCAACACAGACGACUGCGUCUCGUUCAAGCCAAACAGCACAAACGUGGUAGUCCAGAAUCUCGUCUGCUCCGGCUCGCACGGGAUCAGCGUCGGGUCCCUUGGCCAGUACAAGGGCGAGGUCGACAUUGUGGAGAACCUCUACAUCUACAACACAUCCAUGACAAACGCCAGCGACGGCGCGCGCAUCAAAGUCUGGCCUGGUAUCGAGACCGAGUUCCAGACCUUGUUAAACGGCGGCGGCGGGCUGGGCCACGUCCGGAACGUGACGUACGACCUUUUCCACCACGUCAACAACGACAGGGCCAUAACCAUCACCCAGUGCUACGGGCAAAAGAACCAGACCCUCUGCAGAGAGUUCCCGGCCAACCUCACGAUCGAAGACAUCACAUUGAAGAAUAUGUAUGGGACUACCUCUGCGUCUGAGGACCCACAGGCUGGCACGCUGGUGUGCAGUGCCCCCGAUCGUUGUAGUAACAUCCGAGCCGAGAAUAUUACAAUCGCUGUCCCCAGUGGGGAGCCACCCGUAUAUGAGUGCAGGAACGUCGACAGGGACUUGCUGCAGAUCACUUGUGUCGAUGGCCUCGAUGACGAGCGGGAUACCUCCCAGGGAUGA